GGCGAGCCUCGAAGCAACCUGAAGCAAGUGCGUGGCCUCUCCGCUGGCUCUUCCUGAUCAUCCAGUAGCAGUCUGCAAUCGGCGCUAACUCCGACACAUUAAGACCAGCAGGUACAACCACCAGACACCUCCUCGCACAGACCGACGCGAUGGACGAGAAGGAAGCUGCCAAGGCCAAGCUGCUCAUUGCGACGUUACAGAAAUAUGGCUACGAUCUAGAGGAUCCCUCGCGCACCAGCUCCACCACCAGUACUAACUCGAGCUCCGAUUCGUCUUCCACCGAAUGGAGCCCCGACGACGACGUGGAGCCAGCCGCUGCUCGCCGCUUCAGCGUUACGUCAUCGACUGGUAUCCUGGCAUUGCGUGACCGUAAGAAUCAGCAGAGCGCGCUACAUAUUGCUGCCAAAAAGGGCCACUUCGAUGUAUUGCGUGCACUGGCCAAGCUCCCACGGCUCUCUGAGCACCUGAACGCUGGCGACCGACACAGCAAUACGGCGCUACACUUCGCAGCCAGUAACACCAGAUCGAAUGCGUCAGAUCUUGUGGAACUUCUGCUCAAUUUGGGCGCCAACCCGUCGGCCAUGAACGUCCGUGGACAGACCCCACUAGCCAUCCACAUCAUGACAGCCAAGCCGGAGACACCUACAACCAUCACCAAACUCUUUAUCGAUAAAUUCCGACAGCUGAAAGCCACUUCGUCUUCAUCGACUCCUUCAUCACCAUCGUCUCCCACUGGUCUCCGUGCUCCUGCCCCGUGCGCAACGCUAAACGAGCUGGUGAAUGGUACCACGUACUUGCACAUGGCGGUGGAGCGUCAACUGGGCGAGAUUGGCGGUGCACUGGUGCAAGGAGGAGCCUCCAUCAACGUGCCGGAUCACAAUGGUGUCAUGGUGAGCGACACGAUCCCCAAGAAGCUGCUGGUGAAGCUCAUUACCUUCAUGACGGAGGGCUCGCAAGUGGCUCCAUCGGACAUCGUGCGAGGUAGCUGCAAGAUCUGCCGCAACCCCAAGAGCUUGCUGGAUCCUCUAAAAGACUGCGCUCUGUGUGGCCGCGCAGUCUGCAAGAACUGCUCACAGAAGGCGUCGGAGAUCCGUAAAUCGACGUCAGAUGGCAGCUACGCAGCGCUCAAGGACAAGGAUGAAGGUCGAUUCUGUGCUGUUUGCUGCACCGUCAAAAUUCUUAAAAGCAAAAAGCACAACGAGCGCGAGAACUUCAACAAGAAGCUCAUGGGCUGCAGCAUGAAAUAG